AUGUACUAUGUUGCAAUGUGCAAUUUUAGAACAAUUAAGGAUGCUGCUGAUGUUGCUAUUGCGACAAUGCUUUCUGGGAUACAGGUUUCAAGAGUGGAACUGUUGGAUGAAGUUCAGAUAAGGGCAUUAAACAUGGCAAAUGGUAAAAGUUUGCCUGAAGUCCCGACCUUGAUGUUUGAAUUCGUAGGGACAGAAGCAUAUGCCCUUGAACAAACUCUCAUAGUUCAAAAAAUUGCCACUGAACACAAUGGAUCAGAUUUUGUUUAUGUUGAGGAGCCUGAUGCUAAAGCAGAAUUAUGGAAGAUCAGGAAACAGGCACUCUGGGCUGGUUUCGCUAUGAAACCUGAUCAUGAAGCUAUGAUCACGGAUGUUUGUGUACAGUUGUCCAGACUUGCUGAAUGCAUAUCUACAUCGAAACAACUGCUUGAUGCAUCACCAUUGACUUGUCUAGUUAUCGCUCAUGCUGGUGAUGGAAAUUUCCACACAAUUGUCUUCUUUGAUCCAAGUAAAGAAGAUGAACGAAAGGAAGCAGAGAGACUAAACCAUUUCAUGGUUCAUACAGCUCUGUCUAUGGAAGGUACAUGCACAGGAGAGCAUGGCGUUGGCACAGGGAAAAUGAAGUACCUAGAGAAGGAGUUGGGCAUCGAGUCACUCCGGACCAUGAAAAGGAUAAAGGCUGCGCUGGAUCCCAACAACAUCAUGAAUCCAGGGAAGCUGAUCCCACCUCACGUCUGCAUAUGA